AUGGCCCGUACGGUGGAUCAGGAACUGGAUAAAGCACUUGUAUUUGAAGAUGCGCACGAUGAUGAGGAGAGCCACAAGAAUGAAACGGAAGGUUCUUUUUUUAGUCUGUGUUUUGAACUGUGCGAAUGA